CGUUAUCAACAAACUCUUUCCGAUUUGUUUGAGGCUCUUCGGACUCUUGUGAGGGCUUCCUCACCUGACUGAUAUCCGGUACCCUCGAUUCUCUCUUAUCGCUUGAUUGUUCGAAGGGCACUCGCCCAAGGCACCACCCCUUCACCGAGAGUCAUCAACAUCUCACCGCCAACACUCGCUCAACCGCCGUCGACGAUAUUUUCAGCUCGCCAACAUCGCAGCCCCACGCUUAUGGAAGGCAUGCCUGCCAGCCAACAUCCCCACCCCGCAACACAGCAACUUGGUACCCAAGCGACGGCCGGAUCCUAUCCACAACAACCACCACCACAGGAAGCAACAAGAAAGCAGUCAGCUGACUUGCUUCUCCCAAAGGUUCCUGCAAGACCAACUUCCGCCUUUUUGAAGAAACACAAAUCCAACAAAAAGGUCCGCUGGGACCACUCCGUCGUAGAUAACGAGAAGACGCCAAAGGUUCCAUCGGUGAGGCCACCAACCCCGCCGCUCCAAAAGAAAGUCGCUGGUCCUCCGAAAAGCUCGGCCCUGCCUCACCCGUCACAGACAACAUCGACUUCGAUUGGGCCUGUAGCAAACACCUCCGCAAAAAUGUACUCACAGUCUGAACGACCGCCGCAAACUGUUCGUCCAAGUGGGCAGAGUACAUACUCGGGUCCGGAUCCGUGGUACCAACCUAAUCCUAUGAACCAGCCCGCCCCAGCUGUGGCAUCGGGAAGACCAACGUAUGUCCCAGCAACUCAGCGACCAGGCCAGCGUCUAGCGGCAAACUCUGCUUCGAAAAGAAAGGCCAAUUCAGCCGGCAAAGUCGUCGAGAUAUUCUUAUCAACUUCCAAAGGUCAUCAAACGAAGACCCAAAAACCAGCAGGAACGACUUCUCGUGUCCCUCCAGCAGUUCCAGAUGCACCACAACCCAGAACCCAAGGCCCUCCUCCGACUCCAAGAAUCACAAGACUGCCAACCCCAGACUUGGCAGAGGUCAGUGGGACGACAUUCUGUACCUGUGAUGCUAAAAACUGCAACAAACCCGUCCAUUUGUAUACGGAUGCCCAAGAAAGUAAAAACGUCUGUACUUGCGACGGCACGAACUGCAACAAGCUCUUCCACGUCAAGAUGAACGUCCAAAUGGAAGAGGCUAAGGCAUACAUGAAGGGUGUGAAUGUAGGGAGGCAUGGCCGAGCCCACCGGGUGAGGAGAUAGUGAGGGAUUGUACUGAAGCCCGCGCAGUGGGAGGCUGUCAGCUGAUGGGGGGACCUGGCGUUUAGCUGGACCCGUUGGCCAUUUUGACUUUGUCCUUAAAAACGUAGCUUUCCUUGGAACCCCAGGAUAUCUUUGAUGAUCAUGAAUAUAACCAUAUCUCCAACCUGUCUCUCAUGUAUUU